UGGGCUUCACUUUCAGCAGAAAAAUGGUUUCUUGGACGCCAAGCAGCAGAAUACAUUGUGUCACUGCGUAAUAGAGAAUUAUAUAGGAAGGCGGAAAAAACUGACAUAUGGAGAAAUGCAAAAGUGGGCCAACAUCAUCUGCGAUGUAUUCCCCAAAGAGAAUCCGGAAACAUAUUUUCUAGCAAGAAAAUAUGGUAAGAAAAAUCGUACGGGAAAGCUAUUUUCACGCUGGACGAAUGCUGACAAAACCAAUUAUAAAAAGUUUUCAACCGAUCGUACAACUACCGCUUUGCCAGCAGCUUUAUCCAGCGGUAUAAACAAAUAGAUUGUUUACUCUCACAAGAUAUACUUAUUUCUGAAUAUUUAGAUAAGUAUUACGAAAAGAAGAUAAACCACAAUACCAUCUCAAAUGGUAUUGUGGUUUAUCAAAUGAAAUUGCGGUAUUCAGGAUUUCGUGCUAUAUAAUAUGCAAACGACCGAUAUAGAUAUGUAUGUAUAUGUACAACAAUAAAUUUUAUAUUGCGCUGUCGUGGUGAUUUGGAAAUGCAAUGAUGCCGGAUCGUAUACACGAAAUCCUGAAUAUCACUUUUAAAAUAAUAAAAUUUUUAUUUACACAAUUUUUUUUUACAGAAUGUAAAUAUUGUAUAAGUACAAUUCUUCUACAUGCUUUGCUACAGCCUUUGAGGCUUAAUAAGGACAAAAAACCAACAAUAGCUGAUGCCCAAACAGAUUUCGUAACACUCGUUGCAACACGUAAUGAUAUUCAACCCACCAUAAUUGAAUUGAAGAACCAGUUUGCGGUAAGAAAGGAGAAACUACAGCCGAGAAUUAUCGUCGUUGGAUCAGAUUGGUCAUCCAUUUCAGAGUUUUAUGUUUUUUGCGAUGGUCUGCAAUGCGUUGACUGCAUUAUUAAACUAUCGUACGUUUAUAAGAUAGAGUAUUCACAAAGAAGCAAGCAAGUAUGGGCAUUUUUAGAACAAUAUUUUUUUGAGUUGAAACCCGAAGAAUUUUCUUCAGUGGCAAAUCUUUUGAGUAAAUUAAACUAAUUUCGUCUAAUUUUGCUAUAAUGCCCAAUUUUGCUUGUUUCAUUUGUCAAAAAGCUCACUUAAAUCCUAUAGAGCUGAUUAAACAUCUAAAGUCAGCACAUGGUACUCCACCAGUUUGUAAAUUUCAAUGUAACGAAUAUAAUUGCAAACAAAUUUUUUAUAACAUUCACAGAUUUCAAAUUCACCUCAAAAAACGUUUGAAAAUAGAAAUUCGCAAUAGAAAAUCUUGUAAAGAAAAUUCUCUUGCUCUUAAUAUUCCAAUUCAAAAAACUAAUUCAUCAAAUCAACUAGUACCAAUUCAAGAUAUUACUUCUUUAAAAGAUUCAAUGAUCGCGUUUCUACUUCAACUGCAUUCCAAUACGAAUUUUUCUCGGAAAGACGUAUUCGAAAUUCAAAAUUCCUUAACAGUGUUAAUUUCAACCCCAAUAUGUGAAAUAUUAAGAGCCAUUAGUAAUUUUCAUGAAAAUAAUUCUAUACUUGAGGAAGUAAUUAAAAUUAUAUCUCAGCCAUUUUAUGAUUUAACUACCGAAUACAAAUUUUUCAAAGAAAUAGAAAAACUAGACCUGUAUAAACAUACGCAAAAAUAUAUUGUUAGCGACGAACUCUCAGAAGUCAUACUUAAUAACAACCCAACUUUAACCUCAGCUAGAACCGAAAUAACCCUAUCAGACAUUCCUUUUCAAAUUAAAAAAUUUUUUGAGAGUAAAGGGAUCUUAGAGGCAACGCUUUUAAAUAUGAAAAACUUUUCAGAAAACCUUCCUUAUACUCAUUUCAUCAAUAGCAGCUUUUGGCAAAAUUCAAAGAAAAAUAAUGUAACGAUUCCAUUUUUUUUGUAUAUGGAUGACUUCGAAAUUAAUGAUCCUUUGGGCAGUAAAUCUGGCCAACAAAAAAUUUGCGGUAUAUAUUAUAACUUUCCAAGCGUACCUCAGUACCAACUUAGCAAAUUAUCAAAUAUAUUUGUAGCAGGGUUUGUUAAGUUCGAGAUCUACAAGAUUGUGGAUUUACUGUUUGCCUUACACCACUUCUGAAUAUUUUAAAAACAUUGGAAAUUAAUGGCCUUCAAAUAAAUGUAGAUGGCAAAAGCUGUAUAAUACAUUUUAAACUAGUACAAAUUUUAGGCGAUAAUCUUGGUCUUAACACUGCAUUAGGCUAUGUCAGUUCUUUUUCUGCGAAUUCUUGCUGCAGAAUAUGCAAAAGGCAAAAACUUCAAACUCGUACAGAUUGUCUUGAAGUCCCGAACUCAUUACGAACUAGAAGUAGUUAUAAUAGCGAUAUUUUACUGAACAAUCCUGUUGUUAGUGGCAUUAAAAAUGUUUCGAUAUUUACUUCCUUGUCAAACUUUCAUGUAACCGAUAACAUUGCUUGUGACAUAAUGCACGAUUUAUUUUUGGGUGUUUGCAAAUAUAAUUUUUCCAAAAUUUUA